AAGAUUUUGAAACGUAUCAAUGUUCGUUGUAAAUAUUGUGCUUCGUCCAAACUACUGACAGCAGACACAAGGACUAGUUCCAAUUUAUUAAAGCACUUAGAGAUGCAACAUAAAAAUAUUUGGACAUCACAAAAUGAAAAAUUUGUUCAAACUAAACUCAAAAGAAAAACUGAUGACUGCAUCAAUGAGAACUUCCAUUCAAAUCAUAAAUUGGAGAUAAAUGAAAAAAAAACCAAGGUUACGACGAUAUUAGAUUUUUCUAAAAGAAAUUCUUCAGUUUCUCAAAAUGAGUUAAAUUUGAUGAUUCAAAAUUUGAUUAUUAAUGCUUCAUUACCAUUUAAUUUGGUAGAACAGAUUGAUUUUAAAAAUUUGAUUACAACUGGAUAUCCUAAUCGUCAUGUGUUAUCAAGGAAGACGUUAAUGAAAAAUAUAGAAGCUCAACAUCAAGUCCUUUUACAAGAUAUGAAAAGCAUAUUUUCCAAAGUUAAUUAUUUAACUACCACUGCUGAUUGUUGGACUAUUUUCAAAAGAUCCUAUUUGGGUAUGACUUGUCAUUGGAUUAAUCCAGUAUCACUAGAGAGAGAGUCUUGCUUAUUGGCUAUAAGAAGAUUAAAGGGCAGCCAUACUUAUGAUUUGCUAGCAAGAACUAUGGAAUCUAUUUAUACUGAAUUUAAUAUCAAUGAUAAAGUUAUCUAUACAACAACUGACAACGGUUCUAAUUUUGUCAAAUGCUUUGAAAUAUAUGGUCAAUCGUCAGUUGUUGAAAUUGUUCAAGAUGGAAGUAAGAAAACAGAUGUAGAAAUUCUUCAAACUCUAGAAGAUUCAAUUGAAGAGGAAUAUGAUGAAAACAAAGAAGACACUGACGAUGAUGCUGAUACUGAAAAAGAUGAAGAUGUUAGUUUUUCUCGUAUAUCUAUUACCCAAGUUCUGGAUAACAGAGAACUAAUUGGUGAAUGUACAUCCAAUUGGGAUGAUUGUAUGGUAUAUAACCUACCUAAGCAUCACAGAUGUGCUUCGCAUACUCUAAAUCUAAUAGCAACAGCGGAUAUUGAAAAAGCUUUAUCGCCUAAUGUUUCCAAAAGACCAUCUAUGUUAAACUACAGAAAACAAAGUAGACUCACAUUUUCAAAAUGCCAAGCAUUAUGGAAUAAGCAGAACCGUUCAUCUCAAAUAGCUGAUAUAAUUAAAAUGAAUUUGGGCGUUUAUUUAAAAACUCCUAAUCAAACACGUUGGAACUGUUGGUUUGAUUCAUCAAAAUUUCUUCUUUUGCAUUUUAAAAAAAGUCCUUCCAAGUUCACUAAAGUGUGUGAUGCUAUAAAAUUAAAUCGGUUUUCCAAAAAUGAUUUAGAAUUUUUAGAAGAGUAUGUUGUAGUUAUGGAACCAUUGUGCAUUUGCCUUGAUGUGUUGCAAGGGGAAAAAAAUAUGUAUUUUGGGUUUUUGUUGCCUUCUAUUACAAUACUCUUAAAAAAUAUGAUGAUAUCGCUAAAAAAAAUUUAG